CUAUCUCUAAACGAUGAUCAUCAGUCAUAAAUUCUCCCUCUCCUCCUCUCUCUCUCCCUCUUUCACCACAUCACUCCUUCAAAUUUCAGGGAGUGAGUAUCAGAUUGAAGAGACAUAGAUAUCAAAAUGGAUGCCAAGGGCAAGGGCAAGGCCAAGAUGCUUCCUAAUGAUGAUGACAACCCUAACCCUAAGAGAACUCGCCCUUCUUCAUCUCGUACUAAAGCUGGAACUGUAGCUGAAGAUGAUCGUUCCCUGUUUGAACUUAUGUCUCGAAUCCAACCUCUCUUGAGCAACUUGGUAUACAAGGAAGUGAAGAAUGCACUUCAAACUCACGUUCAUCCUCUUUUAAAAUCACUGAGAGAGAGGAAAGAGAUGGGAGAAGAAGCAAUUGUUGAAGGAGGGAUUGAGAAGUUCAAGCUAGUUUUCUUCAAUCAACCAGCCAACACUAUCUUCACCAACAAUGAAAUCAAAGCAGAAAAUGGUGAGGCUGUGAGGGUUGCAAUUUAUGAUGCCACAACCAAUGCUAUAGUCCACACGGGUCCUCUAUCAUCGGCUCCAGUUGGGCUCGUCCUUCUCGACGGAGAUUAUGAUGAAACUAACCGUAGUUUGAGUGAAUUGAAUCGAAACAUUUUAUCCCCAAGAGAAGGGAAAAGGCCUUUACUGGUUGGUGAUGGUAUCAAACUCAUUUUGGAGAAUGGCUUUGCUUCGAUUAAGUGUGUCUGUAUUACAGACAACUCGAGUUGGAUGAAAUCCAAGAAGUUUCGUUUGGGAGUGAUGAUUCUUGAUGAAAACAUUCUAGCCAUGUAUCCGACCAUUGGUGCUGCGGUUUCUCAACCUUUUAGGGCCAUGGAUCACCGUGGAGAAGUGAACAAGAAACAUCAUCCUCCGAGCGUAGAAGAUGAAGUUUGGCGAUUGGAAGGGAUAGGAAAAGAUGGCGCAUAUCACAAAAACUUAUCCUCCCGUGGCAUCAAAACUGUGGGCGCCUUUGUGCUGAAAUACCAAGAAAUAGGUCCAAUCGCUCUAAAAAAGUUGCUUGGUACCAAAGUUCCAAAGAAAACAUGGAUGAUGAUGGUUGCAAACGCUUUUGAGUGUCAGAGUUAUCCCAUAUUCGAGCCAUCCUCAAAGGCAUAUUUGUCAGCAAAUAAUGUCGCGGGAGAUGAAGCUUUCAACGAAGGCCUUGACAUUCUUGAGCAAAAUAAUUUGGAGUAUGCUGGUGAGAGUCCACGAAUGUACUUAACUGAGGAUGACUUUGGAUAUAGGCUUGUUGAGCUUGCCGAUUUGCAACCACUGUUUAACGGGGAAGCUUCAACUUCAUAUAACGUACCUGCAGCCACAACUAUGCCAGCAUUCACACCCAACACGAUCAAAGACCUUUGAUAAGGUGAGUAUCCAAACUCAAACGAUUCAUACGAAUCACUAUCUUUUACUGUUCUAUGCAACAAUAACUUAAAUCAGACUUUUUCAUUUAGAUUUAAUAUAAACUUCACCUUAUUCGACAUAUACCUCUGGUAUAUGUAAAACAUUUCAUAUCUCUGAGUUUGUUUUAAUUAGUUGUCUGUUACUUGUUUUCUCUAUGAUUCAGACAUUUGCAUCCUUGAUUCUGUCGACUAUAAUUCAGACAAUGAUUUUGGUUUAUUUA